AUGGAUUUCGCUCCGUAUCAAUCCUCGCCGCCCGAACACUCUCGCGUUGCAUCACCUGAAUUCAAUGCCUCUUCUCCUCGACAGUCCCACGACGGCGCGUCGAGGCGACCCUUCUCGCCAAGCAAUGCCCGAAGCCCUCCGCCUCUACAACACCCACAGCCACAGCGCGCUUGGGCUGGUCUUGAUGGCCAAACAAGGGGAUGGUCGGGCGGUGCCGGCGCAGGUGCGAACGUACCGAGCACCUAUCCUGCUGCUGAAAUUAGCGAGUUUGACACCAGCUUGGGACUGCGGUUAGACUAUGAAGCGUGUCUCGCUUAUCUAGCCCUCCCGCCGCUUGGUGCAAUCAUCUUGCUUAUUCUGGAGCGCAACAGCGACUAUGUUAGGUUUCACGCAUGGCAAUCGGCCUUGCUAUUUACGGCGAUACUGGUGUUUCAUCUGCUCAUUUCGUGGUCGUCGUUCCUCAGUUGGGUAUUUUUCAUAGGCGAUAUAGCCCUCAUUGCGUUGCUAGCGCUUAGGGCGUAUCGAGAUGCGGAGAUUUUAGACAGAUACGAAGUGCCAUUCUUCGGGCCUCUAGCUAGCCGUAUACUAGAUGAUGAGUGA